AUGUUACUAAAGGAUCUAAUUGCUUCUUGUGAUGGAAAAUCUCAUCCUAUUCGUUGUUACUCUGCUGCUGAGCUCAUCAGAGCUACUAACAACUUUGAUCGUUCUUGCAUGAUAGAUGGAUUAUGCUACGACAUUUACAGGGGUAUUCUAGAUGACCGAACAGUUAUCAUUAAGAAGCAUUAUGUCGUCGACUGGGCUAUUCGUGAUAUUAUCAUAUCAAUGCAGAUGAGCACCCAUAAGAAUUCCUUGAAAUUAUUAGGCUGCUGCUUAGAGUUCGAGAUGCCAGCUUUGGUGUUUGAAAAUGCAGGAAAAGGAGGUCUCAACUUUGAUGGAAGUUUAAGAGUGGAUAAUGAAUUAUUACCAUGGAAAACUAGACUGCGUAUUGCAAAGCAGCUUGCUAAUGCACUUACAUACCUACAUACUGCCUUUCCAAGGCCCAUCGUUCAUAGGAGUAUAACACCCUACAACAUUUUAUUGGACGAUGACUAUGUUCCCAAACUCUUCGACUUUUCAUUCUCCAUAACCAUUCCUCCUGACCAAUUGUAUGUUCAAGAAAAUUUCUCAUCAGGGACACACGGGUACAUGGACCCUACUUACCAAAAUUAUUAUAUAAGUUCAGAAAAAACUGAUGUUUAUAGCUUUGGUGUGCUUUUACUUAUAUUCUUGAUGCGACGAAAAGCUGUGGAUAGAAACUCAGGACAUGAGGAACUUAAUGUUUCUGAUGGACAGAUUCAAAUAGAGAUAAUUGCGGACCCUAAAAUCCUUGAGGAAGUCGGGGGAGAUGAGCAAGCACAACAGCAACUGCAGGAUUUCCUAGCACUGGCAUUGUUGUGCAUCCAAGAGAAAACUGAAGCAAGGCCAGAUAUGAUUGAUGUGGCCAAAGAACUUGUACGAAUUGACAACAUGGCAUGCUUUUCCCGGACAACACCCACCAAAACAGAGCGGAGAACUUUGAAAAAGCACAGCUCAACUCCAAGCACUCUGAAAUUGGUGGGAAAUGCAAACCCUAACGCCAAUACGACCUCGUUUUGCGAGGCUGUGGAGCUUGAAUCCUUCGUCGCUCUCUCUCAGAACCUUGAGCCCUCGAGCAUUCUCUUCUUCUUCUUCAGAUUACUCCAACCAGGAGGCAUAGUUCGCGUACAAGGCGAUGAGUUCUGGCACAUGACCAAAGUUUUAAGAUUGCGCACAAACGAUAGGGUAGAGCUCUUCAAUGGGAAAGGAGGUUUGAUACAAGGUUUAAUACAGAGCGUCGACCGCUCUGGACUUGAUUUUUUGGCAUUGGAAGAUCCAAAGUCAGUUCUUCCACAGAGCACACAAUGGCAUGUAUUUGCAGCUUUUGGUACUUUAAAGGGUGGUCGAGCUGAUUGGCUUGUUGAGAAAUGCACGGAGCUGGGGGCUAGUAGUUUAACUCCUCUGCUGACAGAACGGUCUCCUACUGUCUCAGAAAAUCGACUGGACAGGUUGCAGCGUGUCAAUAUGGCAGCAGCUAAACAAUGUCAACGGCUGCAUGAAAUGAUCUUGAAUCCUCCAACGAAUAUUAAUGGUCUUUUACCUCUUGUUGCAGAGUCAAAGCUAGCUUUGUUGGCAGUUGCAGAAGGUACUCCUCUUGUUAGUGCAUUAACUUCGUCAGGAACGGAGUCCAGUGGGUUGAUUGUGGUUGGACCUGAAGGUGACUUCACUGAGAAAGAGGUGAAUGAAUUGAUGCAAGCUGGUGCUAUCUCUGUUGGUCUUGGCCCACAUCGAUUACGGGUUGAAACUGCAACUGUGGCUCUUCUGGCAACUCUCAUGUUGUGGUCUGAUUCUCAAAAUACAUGCGAUACUUGA